AUGCUCGCAAACCCAGCAAUGGAAAUUCAAGCGGAGGAGACUCCGUUGGCUCUGCGCCGUUUAUGGAAAUUGACCCGCGCCCGUCUCGCCGGCACCUCUACCGCGCUUGAUGAGCCUGCGCUCGUUGAGACCCUGCCCUCAGCACAGGAACCCGAGGAGACGCCGAAAACUUUUAUUUCUUGUCCAAGUGAUUAUGAAAGUGAUGUCGAAGAGGCGUUUUCGGAGCUGGAAGUACCGGAACAUUCUGAGAUUCCAUGCAAAGCUUACUGGAGUUCAAACACCUACGAUAAAGAGGUUGUACUUGAUGCCAGUACCCUUGGAGACAUUCCUGCUGUGUACCGUGUACCGCAACCAGCGAUUCAUGAAAUGCCCGUUAUCGGAAUUUACAUUGACCCAAGAGUUAGAACUGGCUUCAGAUACAAAAUAAGACCCAUGCAGGCUUUGGAUGCUCCUCCCUUAUCAGUGAAACCGAGAUAUUUAUUUGGGGGAAAAGCACUUACCCUUCAAGCGAUUGGGCGUGGGUUUGCCCGCCGCCUCACAUUUGAACCAAUUGACUCAACACUUAACGAUAACGCAAACUAUUUCUGGACGGAUUCAAGGCCUGAAGGAUUUGUAUUUGAGAUCGAAGCAGUUUCUGUUGGAGACAAAUUUACUAUUUAUGACGCCAAUCAUGAACCACAGGGCAUUCUCGAAGUCGUUCAGCAACAGAAAAACCAAGUCGAGCUGGAACAAUCAAUAUCGGAAGAUGGUACAAUCGAGAAAAAGGUGAAAAUAAGCACGCUUUGCAAAGUGGAAUGGUAUGAAAACGAUGGGGCUACUAAAUUAGUACCUGUUACUGGAGUAGCUCUAUUAAAGAAAGGUCGUGGGAAUGCUAAAGUCUUGAGAGUCAUCAAUGUUGCCAUUGGAAUUAAACAGCUAAAGAAAGGUUAUGAAUUAAAACCUGGCAUUGAGUCAUCAUCCAGAAGGAUUAAAGUCAAUGGUUCUGAUAUUAAUGAUAUUCCUUGCCAGUACUCCGUAGUUGGACUAGAAAGAUACGAGCUCCCUGUUAUAGGAACAUAUGUUGAUCCACGCAUUAUUCCCGGCUUCUCUUACCGUGUGCGUCCAGCGAACAGUCGUCGCCAUCUCUUCGAAGGUCGCACCUUGAUGCUGCAGUCAAUCGGAAUGGGCUACGGGAAACGUAUAACCUUUAAGCCGGAUACUCUUAAUGCACCAGAGAACUACUUUUGGUCUGAUUCUCAUCCUGAAGGUAUUGGCAUGGAGCCUCGCGCCGUCCAUCCUGACAUGAAGUUCUUUAUCACAGGAAAUGGAGGACUUCUUGGGGAAGCAAGCGUCUUCCGAGCAGACUUACCACAGAUCGAAGAAAAGACAGAAUACGUGGAUGUACCAGGGCAGCGUGGCAAGGCCGUUGAGAAAUAUAUUCAAGUAGACGUAACAUGUCACGUUAAACUGGCCACAACCGGAGGAGGUUCAGUUGAUUCCGAAGUACACCUCAUGAAAGUAUCAGGAACGGCACUGGUGCGCAAAGAGCCAGGACAAUCAGUCGCCAAGUUGAUUAAGGUCUUCAACGUGGGAUUGGACUCUCAGUUGAACCUUCUAUUCGCUCACUCACAAACCGAGCUCACCUUCCACCCUCUACCUUAA